AUGUGGAACAUUCUCUGUCAACGACGCCGUGAUAGCAUCGACCAAGUUAUCGACACUCUCAUUGCCAUGGCUGUGGAUGCUCGUUUAUUGCCCAACUCUUCUCCCAACACCCCCGAGCCUCACCUUGUUCGCUCGACCGCCUCAACACCUUCCCUGCGAUCCCGCGAUGGUACACUGCCCAUGCUCGCAAGGAUGGAUGGAGGCGGCAAUGUCAGAGUCGUCGUUCGCGUGAGAGCCUUUCUCAAUAGAGAGCUCCAACGCAACACACGAUGCUUGGUCCAAAUGGACCCCGUUACUCAGCAAACCACGCUGCUUGCUCCAGACCAAGACGACGAGCCCGGCCCCAAAUCCAAGUCACGCAAAGUCGUCGAGGACAAAAAGUUUACAUUUGACUCUUCUUUUUGGAGCCACGAUACAAAUGACAGCCACUACGCCCACCAAGAAGACGUUUACAAUGCCCUCGGCGAAGAGUUUCUCGACCACAACUUUGAAGGCUACCAUACAUGCAUAUUUGCCUAUGGCCAGACUGGCUCUGGCAAGAGUUAUACCAUGAUGGGCACGCCCGAUCAGCCAGGCCUGAUCCCUCGCACAUGCGAAGACUUGUUUGAGCGCAUCGAAGCGGCCCAAAACGAAGAUACAAAUAUUGCCUACAAUGUGCGCGUCUCCUAUUUCGAGGUCUACAACGAACAUGUCCGUGACCUGCUCGUUCCUGUCAACACACAUCAUCCGCCCAACUAUCUCAAGAUUCGCGAAUCCCCGACCGAGGGCCCCUACGUCAAGGAUCUCACUGAAGUGCCCGUUCGCAGCAUCGACGAGAUUCUUCGUCACAUGAAAAAUGGCGACGCCUCGAGAACUACGGCGAGCACCAAGAUGAACGAUACCAGUAGCAGAAGUCACGCGGUCUUUACCAUUAUGUUGCGCCAAAUUCAUCACGACAUGGAGACGGACGAGACGACGGAGCGUAGCUCACGCAUUCGCCUCGUUGACCUGGCUGGCAGUGAGCGCGCCAAGUCUACCGAGGCUACAGGAGCUCGUCUGCGCGAAGGCUCCAACAUCAACAAGUCGCUCACCACUCUCGGCCGCGUCAUUGCCGCCCUCGCCGAUCCCAAGACGCUACGCCCCGGCGCCAAGCGCAAAGAGGUGGUCCCUUACCGUGACUCCAUUCUCACUUGGUUGCUCAAGGAUUCCCUCGGAGGUAACAGUAAAACUGCCAUGAUUGCGUGCAUCGCGCCUUCCGAUUACGACGAGACCCUCUCGACGCUGCGAUAUGCCGACCAGGCCAAGCGUAUCCGUACCCGUGCCGUUGUCAACCAGGACCAAAUGUCCACUGCCGAACGCGACGCCCAAAUAUCCGCCAUGGCCGAAGAAAUCCGUAUGCUGCAAAUGUCUGUGACCGACUCGUCGCGACAGCGCGAAAAGAAUGCCAAAGACGCCGAAGAGCGCCUCGACGAGUACCAGCAACGCGUCUCGACAAUGCAGCGUCUCAUGGAGGAGCGCACCAUGGUGGCUGAGAACAAGAUCAAGCAGUUGCAGACUGAGAAUGAGGCCCUGAAGUUGCAUCUCAAGCUUGCCAUUGAAAGCAUCAAGAACCCCAUUCCCCCUGUGCAGGUCAAGGAAGAGUUUGGCCAUGAUGACAAGGAGAAUGCUGCGCACAGUAUUCACGAAGACCAAUCCGACGUAGAUGACGACGAGUACGAGUACGACUCUGACAACACAGUCAAUGGUGGACACGACUUGCAGGAGGAGAUGCAGCGCUACUUGCAAGAUAUGAGCAACCUUCGCAAGCUCAUUGGUGGCGAUCUGUCACGCUUCAAGGAUGAGACGAGUGUGCGCAUGCCACUUGGCGUGAGGGAGAAUGUAUAA